GAUAAUUCUCUAGACGACUUGACACCUGAGUGUGAAGAAAAAAUCAUCGCUCUGUAUAAAGAUCUAGCCCAAAAAUAUCCAAAGUCGAACGCGAUCAAACUAUUUCCUUUAUUAUAUACUACCGGUCGGUCUGUUAGUGAUAAUUUUAAGAUGUUUGCAGAUGAGUAUAUACAAGCUGCACUUCGUAAAGGGGUCCCGUCUUUAUUUGUCAAUCUCAAAAAGCUCUAUAGUGAUCCUCAAAAAGAAGCUAUCAUCGAGCGAUUGGUUGAAGGAUACCUCGAAUGUCUAAAGAAUAAUGGUACUUUCACCCAAUCUAAAAAUGAUGAUGAUGUGAAAGAACCACCUACCGCUUAUCUAUGGACGCUUUACUUGUUUUCUCAACAUUACGACAAUAAACGUGAUACAACGAAAGCCCUCACGUUGAUUGAUGAAGCAAUCGAGCACACGCCCACUUUGGUCGAAUUAUAUAUGACAAAGGGCCGCAUUCUAAAGCAUGGUGGAAACCUUGACGAAGCCAUGAAAGUAAUGAACGAAGCCCGUGAAUUGGACCUUCAAGACAGAUUCAUUAAUUCUAAAUGUUCAAAGUACAUGCUCAGGAACGAUCAAACUGAGGAGGCUGAGCAAAAAAUCGGAUUAUUUACUAGGGGUGAUGCUCCCGACCCAUUAACAGAUCUUGCAGAUAUGCAAUGCAUGUGGUUUGUCCUUGAAGAAGGUGAAAGCUAUAUAAGGCAAAAAAAAUGGGGUAAAGCUCUAAAACGUUUUCACCAAAUUGAAAAGCAUUUUGCUGAUAUAACGGACGAUCAAUUCGAUUUUCACACUUAUUGCUUACGUAAAGUCACCCUCCGGGCAUACUUGAGUAUGCUACGGCUGGAGGAUCAAUUGCGUUCACAUCCAUAUUAUUUUCGUGCUGCACAAAGUGCAAUAAAGAUCUAUAUCGAAUUAUAUGACAAUCCAAAUACGGUCACUAUCAGUGAAGAAAAUGAAGAUUAUGAACAUAAAAAUCCACCUGCUAAACCUCACGAACCAUUACCUAUAGAAGAGUUAUCAAAGUAUCAUGAUUUGGACACAUUUGAUGAACAAUUAUAUUUAAAAAGUCAGCAACCAUGCCUUAACACGGCGCCUACUUCUCAUUCAAAUGAAAACUUGGUAUCAGAGCAAGAUGAAGAUGAAGAUUCGAAUCUUCAAAUUGGAAAUGAAGGAUUUAACCUUUCUUCAACUAUAAUGAAUGGAUUGAGAGCCCUCAAGUUUGAAAGACCAACUCCAAUUCAAGAAAAGACUCUUCAUGCAGGUUUGAACGGGCGAGAUGUCAUUGGUAAGGCGGAAACGGGAUCUGGAAAAACGCUUGCCUUUGGAAUUCCAAUCUUGGAGUAUACAAUCAAACAAAAAAAAAAAAAAUUCGAAAAGCAAUUGGCUGCACUUAUUCUGACGCCAACAAGAGAAUUAGCUAUACAAAUUAAAAAUCAUCUUCAGAGUGUUGGAAAAUUCGCUACAAUUAAUAUAAUGACAGUCGUUGGCGGUAUGGCAAUUCAAAAGCAAAAACGAUUACUUGAAAAGAAUCCUAGCAUAAUUGUUGGUACUCCGGGACGAUUAUGGGAACUUCUUUCUGAGCGUCAUGACAAAUUAUGA